GCCAGCUCGGCUCCCUCCGCCCUCGCCGCCCGCCCCUCCAUCCCGGCGCCCGCCCGCUCGCCCGCCUGGGGGUCUGGGCCGGCAACAAGUUAUUAUCGCGGACAUGGGCCAAGGAGCCAGAGGCCGCCCAGAGCCCCGGGGUCCGUGAGCCGCAGUGCGAGGCCUCAGGACACAGGGUCGCCAUGGGGACCGCUGCCCUGGGUCCCCUCUGGGCAGUCCUCCUGCUCCCUCUCGUGGUGUCUGGGGUCCCCACCGAGGAGCCUACGUCCGGGGAAGCUGUGCCCUCUGGCCCCUCUGGCAGCUGCCGCCGGUGCUGUGACGCUGAGGACGCCCUGGCGGACGCUGCGGACGUGUCCCCGGCCUCUCCGUCCGCCCUUCCCUACAUCCUGCCUGAGGUCAGGCCCUACAUCAACAUCACCAUCCUGAAGGGUGACAAAGGGGACCGCGGCCCGCUGGGCACGCCAGGGAAACUGGGCAAAGAGGGUCCCCGAGGGGACCGCGGCCCGCAGGGUGCCAAGGGCGCCAAGGGGCAGGCGGGCAGCCCGGGCAGCCCGUGCGCGACGCGCUCCUCGGCCUUCUCGGUGGGCCGCAAGGCGGCGCUGCACAGCAGCGAGGGCUUCCAGCCGCUGCUCUUCGACACGGUCUUCGUCAACCCCGACGGGCACUUCGACAUGGCGGCCGGGCGCUUCGUGGCGCCGCUGCGCGGCCUCUACUUCUUCAGCCUCAACGUGCACAGCUGGAACUUCAAGGAGACCUACGUGCACGUGGUGCACAACGAGGCCGCCGCCGUCAUCCUGUACGCGCAGCCCAGCGACCGCAGCAUCAUGCAGAGCCAGAGCGUGAUGCUGGCGCUGGCGCCCGGCGACCGCGUCUGGGUGCGGCUCUUCAAGCGCGAGCGCGAGAACGCCGUGUACAGCGACGACGUGGACACCUACAUCACCUUCAGCGGCCACCUGGUCAAGCCCGACGACGACUGAGGCCCCGGCCCCUCGCGCCCGGCAGCCCUGGGCACCGCGGGAAGUGGGCCUUUCCUGCUGCCACCUGGCCGGUCCCCAGUGCCUUCCGUCCCUCUCCUCCUUUCUGACCUAAGCCUUCCAGGACUCUUGCGCCUUGAAGCCCAGCACGUCCAAACCCGGCCCUGUGCUGCCCGACCCCAGACCUCCUUCAGGUGCAGAUUCCGACUCCCCGGUCUGGAUUUGGGCCCAGGGCUCUGCAUUCCUGUCCAGGGCCUGGGCGGUGCUGGUGCUGCUGGUCUGUGGACCAUAUUUGAGUCAUCGUGUUUGAGAACUUUCCCAGCAUUCUAGUCCUUUCUGAACGUUCUGCAAUCUCCCUUCUAGGAUGCUCCCAACAUCCUGAGAUUCCCUCAUGGCCGGGAGCCCCCUCCCCUGUGCCCUUUCCCUCUUCUCUCACCCCCUUCGCCCCCAUCUCUGCAGCCACCGUGUUUAUUCAUUCAUCAAACACGGAACACUCACUCUGCCAGGCCGGGAAAGCCGAGGCCCUCAGAGCCAGCCCGCCCCCUGCCCCUGCCCUGGUAGCCCCCAGUCUAGCCCUGCUGGGGUGGGGGCAGACGCCUGGGUGCCCAGGGCUGCCCUCGCCAGUCUGCGUCCUGGGUGUCCAGGCACCGUGGGUCCUCGUUUCCCACUGCUCCAGGGGCACGGGGUCCCCGGGGUGGAAAUGGAAUCCUCUGCCCGUUCUGCACCCUCCUGCCCGUGCCCGUGCCCAGAGGGGCCUGGCCAGUUAAGGGCCCAAUGAGGAGAUGAGCCAGGAGUUUGGGUGCAUUUGGGGGUACAGGGCCUGUGGGGAGUGAUGCCAGCUCGGGGCUUCCCACACGGCUGGAGUGACCCGAGAGGACCCCUCUUGUCCCUCCCCCCUCCCAGGGCUCUGCCAGGGCCUUGCUCCACCCCUCUUGCCAAAGGCAUCUGAGUCUAUCCCCAGAACUUCCAGCUGCUGGCAGACACUCAUGUCUGUCCCAGGUGCUCUCCGACCCUCUGGGCCCUCCCACUAGCCCAGUGUCCCUGACUCACCAGGUUUGCCAAGGUGCUGAGGCCCGGGCCGCCCCUGCCCACACAGCCCCUGCCAGCCUGGAGUUGCCCUUGCUAACCCUGGCAGGGCCGGGGCCUCAGCAGGUCUGGGGGCUGGGCAGGCAGCGUGCAGGUCACUUGCCACCCCCAGCCGUACUGCCAUGAGAGGCCCUGGAGAGGCCAAGCAGAAGCAGGGACGUCAGGCCUCUGUCCCUCUCCUUCUCCAGGGUGUGUGGCCUGGCGGCCCCCAGCCUUCCACUGCCCCUCCCCAGGUAGCCUGACCUUCUCUGAGGGAGGUCGCCUCUGCCCAUUGGUGCUUCUGCAGGCUGUGGGGCAGAGGUGGCCUUGUGGGGUGGUCUCUGGUGCUCACAGCCAAGGGAGCCGUGGCCACAUGGCCAGGUGACGAGCAGGGCCUGCCAUGUGCCACAAAGGCCGGUGCUAUAAAACCACCCCAGCCCUGCUGUGCCCUGCCCUGCUUGUCCAGUGGGAUUAAAGUUUGCUGAGUUCUCUUGGC